AUGCCUCCUAGAUGCCUCUUGACAUUCCUUGCCUUGGUGGCAAUGGCUCAAGGACAGGGCGAUCUCUUGACGGAGCCAACUGUAAUGGAAUCGAGUGGCGGAUCUUUGGAUAUUACAUUGAACAUGAAUUAUGCUGAUGUCGCGGGGCCUCACUACACGUUUACCAAUGCUCGGUUGUUCGAGGGAACCUAUCCCGGGCCUACCAUCAAGAUCAGCCCAGGAGACAACGUUCGAAUCCUCUUCAAAAACAACCUAUCUCAGCAAUCAGGCGCCGUGCUGUCGGGGACCAAUGUGUACCACAAACCAGAUACGGCGAACAUUCAUUUUCACGGAGGUCAUGUCAGUGGAGAGUUACCAUCAGAUGACGUGAGAGAAGGGGUGUCCCCUGGGAGCGAAUAUCAAUACGAAACAUUGUUUCCUUCCGACCAUAUGGGAGGUACCCAUUGGAUCCAUCCACAUUUUCACGGGUCCAGUGCCCUACAGGUGGGGGCGGGCGCUUGCAUGGCGCUAAUUGUGAAAGACGCUGACGGAUUUUUGCCCAGUGAAGUUCUGAAUGCACCCGAAAAAAUCCUAUUUGUCCACAACGUUGUGAAGAAUGAUCUUGAGACAGUCAUAUCUGAGAUUCAAGAUACAACGUUUUCCAUGUCCUUCACGGUGGGGAAUCCAGAGGAUUUCCGGACGGUAAACGGGCAAUAUCAACCUGCCAUAUCUAUGCAGCCUAAUGAAUGGCAAAGGUGGCGCAUUAUUUGGGCUGAUUGGCUAGGGAAUCGAUUGAACUUUGCAAUUGACUCGUCCUGCCAAAUGCGACUCCUGGCAAAGGACGGAAUAUAUAUCCAAGACUACCCCCGCACUAUCACAACAGCCACCAUUCCAACUGGAGGGAGGGCUGAUAUCAUGGUUCGAUGUGAAAGUGCUGGAAACUAUACUGUCACAGAUUAUUCUGGUCAGACCUUAAUGAUUGCUUACGUCUCUGGGACUGACCAGGUAGCUACUGAUUUGACCUCUUGGACCCCUACAUAUCCAACCUACUUGACGGACUUGACAUCUACUGCGGCAUCCACUGGCUGUACCUGUUCAACGUCGAUGGCACGUUGCCCUGGAGGAGCAGGCUUCUGUGUUAAUGACAAUGCUUUUGAUUCCAGCGUUUAUCUUCACAAAAUUGAAUUAGGCUCAAUUGUAGAACGGACUCUUGGAGGGGUCGACAGACACCCAUAUCACCAUCACGUAAAUCCUGGACUUGGCACACUCAGUGAUGCAGCUGAACUUGCCUACUUUGUGACUGGAGACUGGCAUGAUGUUGCGUCCAUGUCAAUCACUGGAGACCUUGUUGUCCGGUUUAGUGCAGAUACUUACACUGGCACACAAAUGCUUCACUGUCACAUUCUCUCCCAUGAAGACAAGGGCACGAUGGCUCAAGAGAUCAUAGUCGAUGGAGGCUCUUGUGAAUGCGAUCUCGAGCCCACACCAGCUCCAAGUUUAGCACCCAGCGCAGCCCCAGACACAAAUCCAACGCCAACCGCAGCCCCUGUAGUACUUGCCCCAACCAACGAACCGCCCACAGAUCCGUCUUGCUUUUCUUCUCAAACCACUGUGGAAGUCCUUGGCAAAGGCAAUUUACGAAUGACGAGUCUUUCCCUUGGGGACAAAGUUUACAUUGGAAAUCAUGGUGGCAAAGCGCGCUAUGAAGCAGUCUACAGCUUUGGCCACUAUCAGCAGUCUGAUGCCACGGACUUUUUGAGGAUACACACCAAUUCAACUGUGCCCACAGAUCCCAUUGAGCUGACACCUGAACAUUUGAUCUACAUUGAUGGAUGCAAUGAUCCCGUCCGCGCUGAUGCAGUACAAGUUGGGACGCUUCUAUUGCACCAAUCGGUGGAUAACCCUCCCCAAAGGGUGGCUGUUACACGCAUUGAUCGACGUAGGAGAUAUGGAUCCUUUCUACCCAUGACACAAGGCGGCACAAUUGUUGUCAAUGGUAUUACUGUCUCAGCAUAUGUUUCAAUCCACGAGGAUGCACCCAACAUAGUGAAGCACAAAUUGAAUGUCUUGUCAGAACAGAGAUUGUUUCACUGGUGGCUGGCCCCAUAUCGAUUUUUUUGUACCUACGUUUCUCCCCAGCUAUGCCAAAAUGAUUACAACAGUGACGGAGUUGUUUAUUGGCUUGCCAUUGGAAGAUUCAUUGCGCAACUUGGAGAAGGUUGUUGGCAAGGAUUCCGAGUCCUUGGUCUUUGCAUCUUCAUCCCGAUGAUGGCUUUGUGGGUAUUGGUGGACUCUAUGGUCAACUUUCUACAUGUGAAUUUGGUUUGGGCUCUCUGGCUGGGGUCCUGCCUGCUUGUCAUUCGCUACUUGCUACGAAAGCGUUCUUCCAAGGAGAAAAUGGAGUAG